AUUAAGUAUGCACGAAACCUCAGACCGGGCCGUAUAAAAAUUGACGGUCGCUCAAGUUCGAGAGUCGCGAGGUAUUUAAUCAGCUGCGCGAAUCUGACGACGAUCAUCACGGGCGGACACAGGGAACAAGACGCUGGAUUUAUCUAUGACCUGGAG